UUUCAUGCCAUCAUGGCAGAACAUGGCUCCCACUCUUCCUCUGCUUGGCAUUCGGUGAAUCCGUCCACUCAAAACCCCACUCUGGAACAUGUGGAUCUGGGAAUUAGUGAGCAACUGACCCCACUGGAGCAACCACCAUCAUCCCCAGACCUGGGUGACGACGAUGAUGAUGGAGACCUUGAGCCCCCACCAGACCCGGAUGUGCCCUAUCCUGAUUUGGCCCCCGUGGUUUUCUUCUGCUUAAAACAGACCACUAGCCCUCGGAGCUGGUGCAUCAAGAUGGUGUGCAAUCCUUGGUUCGAGUGUAUCAGCAUGAUGGUAAUCCUACUGAACUGUGUGACACUUGGGAUGUACCAGCCCUGUGAUGAUAUGGACUGCCUUUCCAACAGAUGCCAGAUUUUGCAGGUAUUUGAUGACUUCAUCUUUAUCUUCUUUGCCAUGGAGAUGGUGCUGAAGAUGGUGGCUUUGGGAAUCUUUGGCAAGAAAUGCUACCUUGGAGACACCUGGAACCGCCUAGAUUUCUUCAUUGUUAUGGCUGGGAUGGUGGAAUAUUCUCUGGACCUCCAAAAUAUUAACUUGUCUGCAAUCCGCACUGUGCGUGUCUUGAGGCCUCUCAAAGCCAUCAACCGUGUGCCUAGCAUGCGAAUCCUGGUUAAUUUGCUCUUGGACACCUUACCCAUGCUGGGGAAUGUUCUGCUUCUCUGCUUCUUUGUCUUCUUCAUUUUUGGCAUCAUUGGAGUGCAGCUCUGGGCUGGUCUACUGAGAAACCGCUGUUUCAUGGAAGAGAACUUGACAAUACAGGGUAACAUCACCCUUCCUCCCUAUUAUCAACCUGAGGAGGACGAUGAAAUGCCCUUCAUAUGUUCGCUGACAGGAGAUAAUGGCAUCAUGGGCUGCCACGAGAUCCCCCCACUGAAAGAGCGGGGCCAUGAAUGCUGUUUGGACAAGGAUGAUUAUUACUACUACACCUCUGUCAGACAAGAGUUCAAUGUCAGUGGCAUGUGUGUCAACUGGAACCAGUAUUAUAAUGAGUGUCGUACAGGCAAUGCCAACCCGCACAAAGGGGCUAUCAACUUCGACAAUAUUGGCUAUGCCUGGAUUGUUAUAUUUCAGGUUAUCACUCUAGAAGGGUGGGUGGAGAUCAUGUACUAUGUGAUGGAUGCUCAUUCAUUCUACAACUUCAUCUACUUCAUCUUGCUGAUCAUUGUGGGCUCAUUCUUCAUGAUCAACCUGUGCCUGGUGGUCAUUGCCACACAGUUUUCGGAGACCAAGCAGAGAGAGCACCAGCUGAUGCAGGAGCAGAGAGCACGCUACCUGUCCUCCAGCACUGUGGCCAGCUACAUGGAACCAGGAGACUGCUACGAAGAGAUCUUCCAGUAUGUCUGCCACAUUGUGCGCAAAGCCAAACGCCGCACCCUCGGCUUCUAUAACAGCCUGCAGGAUCGACGCCUGGGCCGAACAGAGCCAAGCGCUGCCAAGCGGAGCAAGAACAGGAACAAUCAGAGGCAAUACAGACGUUGCCAGAAAAUAAAUUCUGCUGAUUGUGUGCUUCAAGGCAUAGGCCAGCCUAUUGCCAUGACAUUGACCUCUGAUCCCAGCGACUGUCCAAGAUGUCACAAGACCCAACAGGAAACAGCCCGGAGACUUUCGGUGCUCGACAGUGCUGAUUCAGAUCAGGAAGAAGGGGGAGAUAGCGAGGAGGAGGGAGAUGGAAGGAAAGGAAGUGUGGAGGCUGAAGACCCAGAAAAAGAAGAAGAGGAUGGAGAAGAUGGUGGACAGUUGACACUCUGCAGUGACAUGUGGCAAGAAGUGAGGGUCAAACUGAGGGGAAUCGUGGAGAGCAAGUACUUCAACCGUGGUAUCAUGAUUGCCAUCCUUGUGAACACCAUCAGCAUGGGCAUUGAGCAUCAUGAACAGCCAGAGGAGCUGACCAAUAUUUUGGAGAUCUGCAAUGUUGUAUUUACCAGCAUGUUUGCCUUGGAGAUGAUCUUGAAACUUGCUGCUUUUGGUCUGUUUGAUUAUCUUCGCAAUCCUUACAACAUCUUUGACAGCAUCAUUGUCAUCAUCAGCAUCUGGGAAAUCAUAGGCCAAGCUGAUGGAGGUCUGUCUGUACUGAGGACAUUCCGGCUGUUGAGGGUGCUGAAGUUGGUGAGGUUCAUGCCUGCCUUGCGGCGUCAGUUGGUGGUGCUAAUGAAGACUAUGGACAAUGUGGCUACCUUCUGCAUGCUGCUUAUGCUAUUUAUCUUUAUAUUCAGCAUCCUGGGCAUGCAUAUUUUUGGCUGUAAAUUCAGCCUCAGAACAGAUACAGGAGAUACAGUCCCUGACCGGAAGAAUUUUGACUCCCUGCUAUGGGCCAUUGUCACUGUAUUCCAGAUCUUGACUCAGGAGGAUUGGAACGUUGUGCUAUACAAUGGGAUGGCCUCAACAUCCCCAUGGGCAUCCCUUUAUUUUGUGGCUCUCAUGACAUUUGGCAACUAUGUUCUCUUCAAUCUGCUGGUGGCCAUCCUAGUGGAGGGAUUCCAGGCUGAGGGUGAUGCUAACCGAUCGUAUUCAGAUGAGGAUCAGAGUUCAUCAAACAUGGAAGAGUUUGACAAGUUCCAGGAUGGUUCAGAUGAUCCAAAGCUUUGUGCAAUUUCCAUGACCCCAAAUGGACAUCUUGACCCCAGCCUUCCUUGUCUCAACCAGCCUGGGACAGCUGUUGGAUUUGCUAAUCAUUGCCACAACACUCUGCAGCCAGACAAAGUCCUUGUGGCCCUUGAAUCCAGAAAAAGCAGUGUGAUGUCUCUGUCUAGCUCUCGCAGCUCUCACUAUGGAGCCUGGGGCCGGAGUGGGGGCUGGGGAAGCCGACGCUCCAGCUGGAACAACCUUGCACGAGGACACAGUCUCAAACACAAGCCUCCUUCAGCUGAGCAUGAAUCACUCUUAUCUGGAAAGAGACACAGAAUGUCGGAUGGAGAACGAGAGGGGCCAGUGAGAAUUCACCACCAUCGACGGACACUCUCCUUGGACACCAAAGGCUCGCCUGAGCUGGUGGAGUUGGCACCAUCAGUUCCAUCCAUGUACAGGCCAGCACAGAAAGCUGGUGUGACAACAGGGCCUAGUGAGCACCAAAACUGCAAUGGUAAAAUGCCCAAUAUUGCUAAGGACAUCUUCCCAGAAAUGAACAAUCGCAAGGACCAUGGCGAAGACGAGGAGGAGAUAGAUUAUAGCCUGUGUUUCCGAAUCAAAAAGAUGAUAGAAGCCUAUAAGCCAGACUGGUGUGAGUUGAGGGAAGACUGGUCCAUCUAUCUCUUCUCACCACAAAACAGGUUUCGUGUCCUCUGCCAAACUAUCAUUGCCCAUAAGCUCUUUGAUUACAUUGUUCUGGCCUUCAUUUUCUUAAACUGCAUCACUAUUGCCCUGGAGAGACCUCAGAUUGAACAGAGAAGCACGGAAAGAAUCUUCCUCACGGUAUCCAAUUACAUCUUCACAGCAAUCUUUGUUGCUGAGAUGACACUGAAGGUAGUCUCACUUGGCUUGUAUUUUGGGGAGCAGGCCUAUCUCCGUAGUAGCUGGAAUAUCCUGGAUGGCUUCUUGGUGUUCGUCUCCAUCAUUGACAUUGUGGUUUCAGUAGCAUCUGCAGGGGGAGCCAAAAUUCUGGGGGUGCUACGAGUCCUCCGACUUCUGCGCACAUUACGUCCUCUCAGGGUCAUCAGUCGUGCCCCAGGCCUGAAGCUUGUGGUCGAGACACUCAUUUCAUCACUCAAGCCUAUCGGGAACAUCGUCCUCAUUUGCUGCGCCUUCUUCAUCAUCUUUGGCAUCCUUGGGGUGCAGUUAUUCAAAGGGAAGUUCUACCAUUGCCUGGGUGGGGACAUCCGAAACAUCACCAACAGAUCUGACUGCAUGGCUGCCAGUUACAAAUGGGUACAUCACAAAUACAACUUCGACAAUCUAGGCCAGGCUUUGAUGUCACUUUUUGUGCUGGCUUCCAAAGAUGGCUGGGUCAACAUUAUGUACAAUGGACUGGAUGCUGUGGCUGUUGACCAACAGCCAGUGACCAACAACAACCCUUGGAUGCUCCUUUACUUCAUUUCUUUCUUGCUCAUCGUCAGCUUCUUCGUACUCAACAUGUUUGUAGGGGUGGUGGUGGAGAACUUCCACAAAUGUCGGCAACACCAAGAAGCAGAGGAGGCCCGGCGGCGGGAAGAGAAGCGCCUGAGGCGUCUGGAGAAGAAACGCAGAAAAGCGCAGCGCUUGCCCUAUUAUGCCACCUACUGCCCCAUCCGCCUCCUUAUCCAUUCAGUCUGCACUAGCCACUACUUGGACAUCUUCAUCACCUUCAUCAUUUGCCUCAACGUUGUCACCAUGUCCCUGGAGCACUACAACCAACCAGUGUCCCUUGAGACUGCCCUUAAGUAUUGCAACUACAUGUUCACCACGGUCUUUGUGCUGGAGGCAGUUUUGAAGCUUGUGGCCUUUGGGCUGAGACGCUUCUUCAAAGACAGGUGGAACCAGCUGGACCUGGCCAUUGUUCUGCUCUCGGUCAUGGGCAUCACACUUGAGGAGAUUGAAAUCAAUGCAGCUCUUCCCAUCAACCCCACAAUCAUCCGCAUCAUGAGAGUGCUGCGCAUUGCUCGAGUUUUGAAACUGCUGAAGAUGGCAACGGGGAUGCGAGCUUUAUUGGACACAGUUGUGCAAGCACUACCGCAGGUGGGGAAUCUUGGAUUGCUCUUUAUGCUCCUUUUUUUCAUCUAUGCUGCUCUAGGAGUGGAGCUUUUUGGGAAACUUGUAUGCAAUGACGAUAACCCUUGUGAGGGUAUGAGCCGUCAUGCCACCUUUGAGAAUUUUGGGAUGGCUUUCCUGACACUUUUCCAGGUUUCAACUGGUGACAAUUGGAAUGGAAUCAUGAAGGACACACUGCGCGACUGCAGCCAUGAUGACCGGAGUUGCCUCAGCAACCUGCAGUUCAUCUCACCACUCUACUUUGUCAGCUUCGUGCUCACAGCUCAGUUUGUCCUCAUCAAUGUAGUAGUGGCUGUGCUCAUGAAACACCUAGAUGACAGCAACAAGGAAGCGCAAGAAGAUGCAGAAAUGGAUGCCGAGAUUGAGCUUGAAAUGGCACAUGGGCUCUGUCCUCGUGGUUCUAGCUCACUGAACCCUGGACAAGAUGGAGGAGGUGGGAGAAUGGACCCUGAAGGACACCUGUGCAUGACAUGUUACUCUCCUGCACAGGAGAACUUAUGGCUGGACAGUGUCUCUUUAAUUAUUAAGGACUCCUUCGACGGGGAGUUAAUGAUCAUCGAUAACCUAUCGGGCUCCGUCUUCCAUCAUUACUCCUCGCCGGCCAUGUGCGAGAAGUGUAACCAUGACAAGCAAGAGGUCCAGCUGGCUGAAAUGGAAGCCUUAUCACUCAACUCUGAUAAAUCUUCUGUCCUGCUAGGGGAUGAUGCAGAUAACCACAGUGUUGAUCAGCCAAGCCCUAAAGAAACUAAGGAUGAAGAGGACAACACUAACUCCAUGGAGACUGCAGGUCUGGAAGAAUGCCUCUUCCCUUUAACAAACACGGACCCUUCUCCCGCUCCAGAAAGCUACUUAUGUGAGAUGGAGAAAAUCCCUUUCAGUCCAGUCCAAUCUUGGCUAAAGAACAAGAGCAACCAAGGCCCCCCCACCCCCUUCUCUCCAGAUGCAUCCAAUCCUAUGCUGCCAGUACAGGCAGAGUUUUUCCUUCCAGCUGCUUCUGCUGAUCAGCCAAAUCAAGAGAAAACGUCCUACCUAGAGAGUCUGCCUAAAAUCUCUCUGCAGGCUUCCUGGGCAUCACUGCAGUCUCCAAGUGUAAAUUGCUCACUUAUCCACCAGACCACAGAGAGUGACACCUCCCUCGACGACAGCAGGAGCAACAGCUCAGAAGGCAGCUUGCAGACCACACUGGAGGACAGUUUAAAUCUCAGUGACUCUCCCCGGUGUGCACUGGACCUUCCAGUUGCCCUCUGCCCAGUGCCAGCAGCAGCCUCCCAAAGAGCCUUGAUGGCACCCCUUUCUCCUGCUUCUCGGAGGCAGAGCUUGAGGGGGCGCGGGAUCUUCACUCUUCGGAACAUCCGGCGGCACCAACGGAGCCACAGCAGUGGAGGGAGCACUAGCCCAGGCUGCACGUAUCAUGACUCCAUGGACCCUUCGGAUGAGGAGGGUGCAGGGAGUAGCCUAAGGGGCGGGGGCACCAACAGUGAGCCGUCAGAGACCCUUAGCAGCCUCUCUCUGACAUCCCUCUUCUCGCCACCCCCUCCACCCCAAGGCCUGGCACUUGCGAAGAAGUGCAAUAGCACCAGCAGUCUCCACGCCAACCCUUCUUUGCAGGGCUCUGCUGCAACUGAAGCCAAGCAGUUCUACUCGGUCGACCCACGGGGCUUUUUGUCCAUGCCCUCGUGGGUGACAGACUGCAAAAACAGUCCUUCUCUGAGGGAAGGUGGUGUACGAGAGGGCUCAGACAAAAUUGGGACUGCAGAUCACAGCUCUCCAGUUCCUUCUGAAGUGCAGCUGGGGAGAGGCAUCAGCAAGAAGAACAGAUGAGUCUCCCUUGGGCAGGGAGGAAGAGUGAAACGUGAGCAAGGGAGUGUGUUUUGCCCAUCAUUUCCUAACAGCAGUUCCAAGUGGGAGGACUGUGGAAAAGGAAAAACAACCAAGCAAAAUAUAAAUAUGUACGUCCCUGUGUGCUUGCGUAUGUAUGUAUGUGUGCGUGUGUGUAUGUGUGGAAAACAAAGACUUUUGUACCAUACCUCAGAGACAUGAGAGAGCGAAAGCAAUACGUGAACACCCCACCCAUGCAUGGGACCACCGAUUCUGCAGACCACAGUGGGCUGAGGGAACUGAAAGAUAAUGAUGCUGGGUUAAGAGGGUGAUGAGUCUCCAGCCAAAUAUCUGGCUGGAUGCAGCCGUUUACUCCUCUACAUAGACAAAUAUAUAUGUACAGAUAUAUAGAAUGAUUUAUUUAUUUUUUUUACGGAAAGCUUAGGACUUCUAGAAAGUGCUGAGUGUGAAAAGGGCAGGGUCUUAGGGAAAAUGAAUUUCAAAAUGAAAUGAAGAACCAAGCUGGGUUUUAGAGCUUGGGUAUUUUUGUCAAGGAAAAUUGUAUUGUUCAUGCUUCUAUAUGGAAAAAUUAAGAAAAAAAAACUGUUAUCUAGAAGAAAGGAGGGUAGGGGCAAGUAGAUGUGUGAAGAUGCUUCAUGGAGUUGCUUGGAUGGAAUACAACAAGAUUUGCAGCUGAAGUUUGUCCUCUCAGAAUAACUGAGCUCCUCAGGUAGAAUCAGUGAAGCUCCUUAACUGAUAACUCUGAGGAUCCUGCUUAUCCAACUGAAAAGUCUAGGUGGGCCAUGGAGCACUGAAUGCUAGAGACAAUUGCUUUUUAAAAAAAACUCAAAUGCAACAACAACAAGAAACCACAUGGCAAUUACCAAGUGGUCUGAUUCUCAUCGAUUUGCCCCCCACCCCCCUUUUUUGUUUUGUUUUGUUUUGUUUUGGUGAGAAAGAAAACUGCUUAGGGGAAAUGACUCUGUAUUGUUAAGAGUUUGGGGUUUAUAGUUUAUUUUCCUUACCAUUCAGUACUUGUGAAGAAUCUAUUUUAGAAGCCCAGAGAUGCAAAAAUCAUCUCUAGAGAAAGGUAUGCUAUUUUUACAAAUAUAUUGAAAGGAAAAAAUAAAAUAAAAUUCAUGAUAAUAAGCAAGA